AUGAUCCGUCUUUGGAGUCUGGUUCUCAUCGCUGUCAUAUUUAAGAACUACAGUUGUGCUAACAUCGAAUUUAGUCAGACGAUAUCCGAUUCUGGUGACUACACCAUCUUGGUCAACAACAAAGUGUGGUUACAAAGCGCACCUGUCUUUCUUCGCCUCAAUAAUGAGACGGUCACACUUGGUAACUCAUCCUUAGUUGUGGAUUCCAUCAACAGAAACUGUACCCACCAACAGGAUGAUUUUGGAAUGUAUGACUGUUCCAGUUUCAGACUCAGGGCGUCAGAAGAUUACCUCUUUGACAUCUACUUUAAGGAAUACAAUUUUCCUGCAAAGUUCUUCAUAUACGAGUUGGUGUACGUGAAUGCCACACCUUGGACACAGGCCCCCGACUGUCAUCCCCCACCAUGGCCGCCCGUACCUGGGUUUGAAACCUGUUACAAUUCUACAGUGGGGGCAUUUCCAUCGUUUCAUGUAGCACAACAGAGUGGAUCUCCAUCGCUAGGAUACAUGACAUUUGCUGAUAAAAUGAUGGGUGACGUUGGAAAAAAUUUUGGACCAUGGGGAGUGAACACACCAAAGCUGGCUGAUGGUAUGCUAAGUGGUCCGGUCGCCAUCUUUGACGAGGCGGGGACAACCCUUCUUCUGUCGUCAGCUGACAACUUUAUGGCCUCAUCCAUGUGGCACCAAGACUCACCGGGAGGGCGUGUCAACUGGGGAGUGAUGGGCGGGGUGGACUCCAUACCGGCGGGGUACUCUGUGAGAACAAUCCUCGUACCAACACAAGGCAUCAACAUGGCAUUUGAAACAUGGGGACUUAUAUUGCGCAGCGCCCAUCAACAUGACGGGACAACACACAGAAUAUAUACGUCGGAUACCACUAUUAGCCAUUUAGGAUACUGGACAGACAAUGGGGCGUUCUACUAUUACAACACAGAAGACGCGGACGUCGGAAAGAACAUAACGUACGAACAGACACUUACUGAUGUCAAGACUUAUUCUAGCCUUCACAAAAUUCCCUACAGUUAUCUGCAGAUUGACUCAUGGUGGUAUUACAAAGGGUUAAUGGAAGGUAUCAAACAAUGGUCGUAUAGACCGGAUAUAUUUCCCAGAGGUAUCAAAUUUCUCUCCGAGACAACAGGUUGGCCGAUAGCAGCUCACAAUAGAUACUGGUCCUCUGACAAUAUUUACGACAAAACUAACGGUGGAAAUUACACCUUUAUCAAAGAGACUCUCCUUUCCAUUCCUGAUGACCAGGCGUUUUGGAACAACUUUCUGUCAACAGCCAAACAGUGGGGCCUGAUUAUGUAUGAACAGGACUGGCUGAACAUUCAGACUAUCGGCACCGUCGCCCUCCAGACCGACCUUACCCUUGGUGAAAGAUGGUUAAAACAAAUGAACGAUGCCGCUCAGAAACUCAACAUAACGAUUCAGUACUGUAUGGCACUUCCUAAACAUGCUUUACAGAGUUUGAAAAACCCAGCAGUCACACAGGCUAGAGUAAGCGAGGAUUAUCACCUGGUUGCUGACCAGUGGAAGAUCGGAGUCUCAUCCAUCUUUGCCAACGCAAUGGGCCUUGCACCGUAUAAAGAUACAUUUUGGACAUCAGAAAGUCAAUUGGGCAACUCUCGCUAUCCAGAUGUAAGUGAACCCUAUCCAGCCCUUCAAUCAGCUGUGUCAACACUCAGUACAGGACCAGUCGGACCAGGCGAUAAACUGAAUGCCACUAAUAGAGAAGAGCUGCUUAGAUGCUGCAACGAUGGCGGUUUAAUUCUGAAACCAUCUAAACCCGCAAAAGCUAUUGAUCGACAAUUGAUUAAGAAAGCAAUGCCAAGUGCUGACGGACCUAACGGAGAAGUAUGGACAACUUAUUCGAAGAUAAAGCAACAAAACCAAGCACCAUAUACUUACUAUGGUAUUCUGUUCGCAGCCAAUAUGACAUCAGACUAUGUUAUCUAUCCUAACCAGACUGAAUUUCCAUCGGAGCUUACCUCAGGUGUAGUAUUCUCCUACAACGACGUAUACAAUGUUUCCAAGUUUGAUGACAACAACCCGCUUCAUUUAAGAAACUGUACGGACGAAAAUUUCUGUCUCUACUACUUUUCCACCGUCUACUUCAUGAAUGGAACUACAAUUGGUGUAUUGGGAGAGGUCAACAAGUGGGUCCCCAUGUCCCCACAGCGCGUAAACCGUGUGGUGCGAGGGGAGAUAACUGUGGAUGUGGUGGUGACGGGGGUACCAUUCGAGGAACUGGAGAUGUCCUUUCUUAUUAACAAUCAAGUUAGGAACUUUGUAUGCCAACUCGGACCGUCCGGUCAGGCCACGUUUAGCACGUCUUUGAGCGGUUGUACGAGUUAUGUUUCAUCUACCCAUCCCCCAUUAACGUCACACGGCCCUGGUAAUAACAAGGGGAGAUCACUAACAAUGCGACUGGAUUUACUUUUUGCUAGUAUUUUUUUCGUUGUAUUGUUUUUACGUUAG